AUGAGUUCACCUCUCUCGAUGCUGAAGAAAACGAGGCGCACCCCGCUGCAAGGCUCUGAGGAUGAGCAGUGCAGCAGACACAGAGUACCUUUCAGGAGGAAUCUGUUAACAGGUGCCCCACCAAGUGACUUUGAGCUUAUGUCUACCAUGAUGCAGAGGCUGACCCUGCUGGAGAAAAAAGUGAGGAGCCAAGAGCAGGAGAUCGAGCACAAGAACAAACGGAUUUCAGUCUUGGAGAAGAAACUGAGGGCUGUGAAAGAAUCAGGACGUGCUCAUGAUGUGAGUUGCAGAGUUGAUCUUGAAAGAAUUUGCCAUCAGCUGCAGAAUCAAGUGCAUGAAAUGGAGGGCUUCCUAAGUGACUAUGGUUUGAUCUGGGUGGGAGACGGGGAGUGUGAGCAGACGCAGAGCUUAGAGAGAGACCUCCGGCAGCCAGGCACCUAUGGGGUCAGAAACUUCCACAUGAACUUUGACCUGGUCCAGCAGAGGAUCAAGGAGCUGAACAUACUUGCAGGUGAGGGAGAGUAUUUCGUACAGUCAACGGCUACGGGGGCACAGCUAGCCAAAAAGGAUCCUAUCCAACUGAGACUCUACAGAAACGGCAUCGUCAUGUUUGAUGGUCCUUUCCGCUCUUAUGGGGAGCUCAGCACCCAGCAGUGCAUGCAGGAUCUGAUGGAUGGGUAUUUUCCAUCUGAGCUUCAAGAAAGAUUUCCAGACGGUGUUCCUUUUGAGGUUCACGACAAGCGAGAUGAAGAAUUUAUCUUCAGUCGACUGGGAAAUAAGUUUCCUGGAGAAGGAAAGGCUGUCAGUUCUCGGUUACCUGGAAAUCCUUUAACGAUUCAUUUGUGGCUGACAGGUACGUUAAGCACGAUGGUGAAGCCCGGUCGAGUGAUUGAUAUCAGGGUGAGGACGGCCCUGCAGGAUUCAUCUGACGCCCACAGCAGUGACUCAGUGAUCCUCAUUCACACACCAGCAUUACAGGCAAUGAAGGAGAGGCUGCAGACGCUCACCACUGACCGUCCCUCGUCUGCCCGUGAUGUCAUCACACUCAAGGUGAAGUCAGAGGACGGGAAUCAUACUUAUAUACUGAAAAUGUGCCUCUCAGAAACUAUCAGCCACCUGAAGCAGUAUUUGGACAGACACAGAGGGGGUGGCCUCCCAGACUAUGACAUCAUCAGUGCGUACCCACAGUGUUGCUACGAUGACGACAGCCAGACACUCCAAUCGUGUGGACUCACGUCUAACGCUACUCUGCUGAUGCGAAAAAAGACAAAUAAAUAA